GGCAAUCAAAAUGUGUAGGCUAUCGCAAUACUGUAUUUCGCAAUUUCCUGUCUUGCAAUGUCUCUCGCAGGUUCACUAAAGUAAGGGCUGUCUGUGAGUACAGACCGAAGAGCAAACACACUAGCGUUUUUCAUAGCGAAGUGAAAAUGGAGCAGGCGAGGGAGGAUCGUUGCAGGCAGAGAGACAGUCAGAACCGUGCGUAUAGGCUAUAUUUGGUAAUCUAGUAAUACCUCGUAAAUUUACCAACAUUAUAUAAAAGUAGGCUAUAUAUUAGGCAAUUUUAUUUCACCUUUAUUUAACCCGGUAGGCCAGUUGAGAACAAGUUCUCAUUUACAACUGCGACCUGGCCAAGAUAAAGCAAAGCAGUGCGACAAAAAACAACAACACAGAGUUACACGUGGGAUAAACAAAAGUACAGUCAAUAACAAAAUAGAAAAAUCUGUAUAUAGUGUGUGCAAAUUGCGUAAGGAGUAUGAGUAUGGCUAAUCUAUUCUUCAUAGUGCCAGUGAAUUUCGUUGAACAUCGCCAAAUGCAUAAUUUUAGUUAGGCCUAAAUGUGCAAUAAAACCUAUUGCUUAUAGUUUAUUUAAUGAAACCCUGGCUGGCUGUUGAUGUCAUAGGUUAGGGCUCUUCAACCCUGUUCCUAUAGGAGUGAAAACCUUCAGGAUGGUAGCUCUCCACGAAGAGAGCCCUGUCCUAGGCAACAGAUAGCAAACCAGCAUCCCCAUUAAACUUUUUGGAAAUGGCAAGUUCACUUUCUCAUCCAUAAUAAACACAGUCAAGUGCAAAUACAGUUCAGCAGCUCAAAUCAGCAGGAUGUGGGGCAUUGUUAUUAGGAAGGAUCUGUACCAUGGAUGAAUCGCUAAAAUAAUGAUUAUGAUCACUCUUCAUAAUAUUUACAAUUAUGGGGAGACCUAUACAUUUGGCAGCCAAGUAUGAGUUAUCUGUCAAUUAAGGUUGAUUAUGAGCCAAAAGCUUGGAAUGUUACUGAGUAAGGGAAAGGCAAUCUCAUGGUUGCAGUCACUGAUAAGGGUGGAGAGCUGUGGAUUAGUGAGGAGAGCUGUGGAUUAGUGAGGAAUGGGGGCCGAGGUCAGGUCACAUUAAGGGAGAAGGAACAGUUUAUUACCCACAUCACUUAAUUUCCUGCCUAGCAAUAAAGAUGUAAUGUUUGGGAAAAGGAGGAGACUUCACCUAAAGUAGGGUAUAUAUACUUGUGCUGGUGGGAACAAGUCUUUGUCUGUUCAGCUGUCUGACCCAUUGGGUGAAUGAACUUGGUUUGAGUUUUUCAUAGUUGUCCGUUAGUUUUUAGUAUGUUUUUUUUAUUUAGAAACUAACAUCAUUAUGUGGUAUUGUGUGUAGAUUGCUGAAAAAUAAUAAUAUUUAAUCAAUUUUAGGAUAAGGCUGUAACAUAACGAAAUUUGGAAAAAGUCAAGGGGUCUGAAUUAGAGGUCGACCGAUUUAAUCGGCAUGGCCGAUUUUAAUUAGGGCCAAUUUUAAGUUUUCAUAACAAUCGGUAAUUGUCCUUUUUGGAUGCCGAUUACAUUGCAAUCCACGAGGAAACUGCGUGUCAGGCUAACCACCUGUUACGAGAGUGCAGCAUCAAUAGGACCUUGUGGCUGCAAGGAGCCAAGGAGUUUGAACAUUUUCCAUAUUUGACUGCAUGUGCCUGAGAGUCUGACGCUGCAUCUCUUCAAUGGCUGCCUCGGGCUCUUCCUCCACCUCUGUGCCUGACGGUUUCCACUACGAGACCAAGUACAUCGUCCUCAACUACCUGGGACUCCUGCCCCCCUCCCGGCUGCAGGCCACCGCUGGCGGAGGAGAUGGCCAUUAUGCUGUGGACAGAGAGAGGAACAGAGUAAUGAAGGCCCAGAUAGAGGACGAGCUGAAGCAACUGGAAGAUGAGGUCUCAGACUCCUUCUCCAGUACAGGCUUCGACUGCCAUACGUCUCCAGUGUUUAGCCCAGCCAAUCCAGAGAGCUCCAUCGAGGACUGCCUGGCUGUUCUGGGUGACCGGGUGGCCAGAGACCUGGACACACACCUGGCCUCUACUGUACACACACUCCUCAGUGUCCCGCUGGACUACGAGCAUUUCAGAGAAGCGGCACAAGACAUCUCCUGCCACACGCAGAGUGGCUGGAGCAAGGUGCUGGUGCCAUUGGUGCUGCUGCAGGCCCUCCAGGGAGAAGGACAGAUCCUGGCCCACCUGCUACCCCUGGGGGUCCGUUUCCUGGAGGAGGCUGAGGCAGACUACAUCAUCCAGCAGGGAGGAUGGGGUACAGUGUUUAGCCUGGAGGAAGAGGAGGAGCAGGGCGUGAUCAUAGCCGAGGACAGCAACGACAUCUACAUCCUGUCUGGAGAACAGCUUCCUGGCCACCUCAGUCCCCCCGCGUCGCUGCUGGGCACCGGAGACAGCAGUGGGCCGGGCAGCUGGCAGACAGAGAGCUUACCCGUGUCUCUGGCAGGCAACGAUUCCUGGGCACAGGUGAGCAUGACGGACCACCCCGAAGAUGUCAAGAGUCUGGACAGCAACGAGGGCACCCUGGCUGAGGAGCGCAGUGAGAACAACUCCUCCAACUCUGACAUUGUGCACGUGGAGCGAGAGGACGCAGAGGAGGGUGAGGGCGGGGCCGAGUUGCAGGAGAGCAUGCUGAGUGUGCUGGGGACGGAGAGCGAGCUGGCUGAGCUGAGGGCGGAGUUUAGAGAUGACACCCCGCUUCCUGUCCCAGCAGCCCCAGAGCCGGUGGUGGUAUAUCUGGAGGAGCCGGUCAUCAUAGAGACGCCUGCUCCCCUGUCGGCGGUUCUGUCAGAGCUGCAUUCGUCUGUCCCCGUGUCAGAGCCCGAGCCCUCUGCUCCAGACCCUAUGAUUGAGCCUGAGCCUGCCCCUGUUGUGGAGGCAACACCACCAUCCCCUGCCAAGGCACCCUCUACUCCCCCAUCAGCAAAGCCAGUUCUAGAACCAGAGCCUGUUCCAGAGCCAGAGGAGCCCCAGCCUGAACCUCAGUCAGAGACUGUGCUGGAGCCGGCUGCAGCGCCCCUCCUGGAGGCACUCCCAGCUCCUGUGGCCCCAGCCGAGGAGUCCCCGGUGCAGACGGAACCAGAACCCAAGUCAGAGAUCCCAGUGCUGCUGUAUGGUGGAGCUGCUCUGGUGGCCCUAGCUGCUGUGGUGAUCUGGGGAGUCAUGACCCACCGGAAGAAGUAGCCUAGCAGUGCUCCUGAACCGGGUUGCAGACCUCACCUCCUCCCUGGUCCCUGCUGCUAAUCUGGGCUGCUGGGCCUGCCACUACCAGGUGGACACACCAUGUGAACAAUUACUUAAUUUUCCUUCUCUCCAUUUUUGUUUUCCCCCAUUCUCCUCUCUGCUCAUCUGGCAAUUUGAUAUGUUUUUCUUCAGUUGCUGCCUCCAACCCAUCACGUCUCAAACUGGAAAGGACAUUUGUAUAAUUUUCUAGCGGUUUCUAUGUUUUCCGGGUGCUUGGUUCUGUUCGAUGCCAUGCGGAUGCACGUCACAGACACACCCUGUUUGUAUGUUACUCUCUCGGCUGGAGCUCGGGGUACCUCUUUGUCCUCAGAGCCUAGUGGGUGUAGCGCAGAAGUCAGAAUUCUCUGUUCUAUUGCAGGGAAAAGGGAAGCUAUUCCAAUAUUUUCACAUACAAAAAUGUAAGUUCUGAUUACAUUAUGUCCUCUGAAAAGCAAACCUGUCUUCAAGGAUUAGAUGAGCAUGUUUGUUUAUGGCAAUUAACUAAUCAUGAUUAGACUUAAGAUUUGUUUUCAGAAUUCACUGUACAGGAGACACUACUGUGUAUCUAUAAAAGCACUUGAUCGGGAUUAAUAAUAUCGCACUUGAUAGGGAUGAAUAAUAUCACACUAAAAUGGAAAGUAGAUACACAUGACCAAAAGUAUGUGGACACAUGCUUGUCGAACAUCUCAUUCCAAAAUCAAGGGCAUUAAUAUGGAGUUGGUCCCCUCUUUGCUGCUAUAACAGCUGUUCUGGGAAGGCGUUCCACUAGAUGUUCGAACAUUGUUGCAAGGAUAUGCUUCCAUUCAGUCACGAGCAUUUGUGAGGUCCGACACUGCUGUUAGGCGAUUAGGCCUCGCAGUCAGCGUUCCAAUACAUCCCAAAGGUGUUCGAUGGGAUUGAGUUCAGGGCUCUGUGCAAGCCAGUCAAGUUUUUUCCACACUGAUCUCGACAAACCAUUUCUGUUUGGACCUUGCUUUGUGCACGGGGGCAUUGUCAUGCUGAGACAGGAAAGGGCCUUCCCCAAAAUGUUGCCACAAAGUUAGAAACACAGAAUUGUCUAGAAUGUCACUAUGCUUUAUCAUUAAGAUUUCCCUUCACUGGAACUAAGGGGCCCAAACCAUGAAAUACAGCCCCAGAUCAUUAUUCCUCUUCCACCUAACUUUACAGUUGGCACUAUGGGGUAGGUAGCGUUCUCCUGCCAUCAACCAAACCCAGAUUUGUCUCUCGGGACUGCCAGAUGAUGAACCGUGAUUCAUCGCUCGUGUCCAAUGGUGGCGAGCUUUACACCACUCCAGCAAUGCUUAGCAUUGCAAUGGAUGUGCCCAAAUCCACUAAUUUGAAGGGGUGUCCACAUGGUGUAUGUUUAUCUACUUCUUUCCAGUCACUUACAUCACCUAAGUGUUAUUUUGUUAAGUUUUUGGAAAUUGAGGGAUUCCACAACGCAAUUCAUUUUUCACUAACUAAUUUCAGUCAUUUAGUAAACACUCUUGUGUCUCAGUUACGAUCAUAUUGCAGUAGUAUGACUGCAAUUAAAUUGAUUUUGAAUGUAAAAGAGGAUAAAGACUACCACAGUUCACAGCCAGUGGCAUACACUGUUGCGUUUGAUUACUAUCUUCUUAAAUAGGCAUUUAGAUUAUCUGGUAUAGAACUGUCAAUGGUCACUAUCAACCUUGUGUGUUAACUAUUGUGUUUGCGUGAGUGAAAUUAAAGCCAGCUUAACCAUGAUGGCACCAUGGUCAAUAAUGUCCCAUGUACUGUCCCAUGUACCAUGUUCUGUGACAGGGAAUGGAGUGUUGGGAAUGACUGCACCAAGACAGAAUUUCAUAUUCAUUUGUUCAAAACUUGAAAUCAACUAGUCAUCUUUCAUCUGAUGUGAAACUAUAAAAUCAAAAGUAGAAAUUAGUUUAAUAUUGAAUCAAUUUAUGCUCUCAUUCCCAACUCCCCCAGUCAAACUUCACAGGGACUGCCUUUGUUCAGCUACUGUCAGACCCCUAUGUUUUGCCAGGUGCCGUUUGUCCCCUCGGCUGGCCCAAACUGCCCACCCAGCACUGCCUUGCCAUUCCGCUGUAACCCCAUAGCGUGCCUACCUUGUACAGUAGAGACUUACAAAGCUUAACAACUGUGCGUGCUGGCUUCUUCCCACUACUACCUAACCUUUUCUUGAAGGGUUCAGCUCCCUCCAUUUCAAGUCAGAGUGGAGGUCUGUCCACAACUUGAAGAGUAGGAAUGACACAUGCCAGCCCUGCCAUAGACAAUCAACAUAUGCAACAUUCCCACUAAGGGAAACAUAUCUUCCUGUUAGUUGGGUACAAUGUGAAUCUAAAAAUAAAAUCUACACCUUAGGCCUCAGGUGUCAAGAGUACAAAAAAAAUAACUUUUUACUGGGCACUCAGGUCUAGAGCAUGAAAUGCGAACACUUGAUCCAAGUUAAAAAGUAGUAGUGGUUCCAGCUUUGUUCACUGGUCAGUGGAUUCCCACAGCUAACUUGGUCAAUGUCAAAACUAAAGAUGCACACAACUCACUUCUGUUUAGCCAAGUGUAAAUACAACCAUGUGUGGUAGUUGUGUGGGAGAGACAAAUGACCAUAAAUGGUUUUGUUCCCCGUUCCAUUGAAUGCAAAUGUACGUCAGUUAGAUAAUAGGUAUGCAAAUUGUCUGAAAUGUACCUGGAAACUGAGUAUUUGGAAAGUACAGUAUGGAUGUCAAAUCCCCAUCUUGGCACUUUACCAAGUUCCCUAUAUUAUGUGCAGUUUGAGACCAGAAUACAUCAUGUAAACUGCAUUGUGGUUUUGGACACAUGAACAAGUUAAUAAAAUGGUUCUCCCUUA